ACUAGAGUUGCUUCAUCGUUUUCCAUUUGAAUCGGGUGUCUAUUAUUAUCCGGAAAACCACUCUUGCUCAACGAUACCAGAGGCAGGCUAGGGAUUUGAAUCAGUCAUGGCUUCCACUUUGUUCUCAACCCCAACAUUCCAAGGCCUCCGACCCCUCAACAAGCCCACCGACACCGCGGGCAUCUUCCUCAACAGCAAGCCUUCCACAUUCUGCCCCCCAGUCAUGAAGAAGAGGUUCAACUCAUCAUCAGGCGGCGUAAAAGCCGAGCUUAGCGCCCCUCUGGUGAUCAGCUUGAGCACUGGCUUGUCCUUGUUUCUGGGCAGGUUCGUCUUCUUCAACUUCCAGAGAGAAAACGUGGCAAAACAGGUGCCGGGGCAGAACGGGCAAACACACUUCGAAGCGGGGGAUACUAGAGCCAAGGAGUACGUGAGUCUGCUCAAGUCCAACGACCCUGUUGGAUUCAACAUCGUGGACGUUCUUGCAUGGGGGUCUAUUGGCCAUAUUGUGGCUUAUUACAUUCUUGCUACCUCCAGCAAUGGCUAUGAUCCCAAGUUCUUUGGUUAAGAUUUUGGUUCAUCUUUCAUCUGGGCUUGUGUUAUAGUUAUGUAUAGUUGGGCAAGACAACUACUUUUAUUUGUCUCUUUUUUUUUUUUUUUGGGAUUCUAGUCUUCAAUUGAAAUUCGUCUUGUCAGAAUCUAAUCAUCGUGCAGUUCUGCAACUUUGCUCUUUGUUUUUGGCAUGGUUAGACUAAUAUAAUCAUCCACUGGAAACUAAAUUAGCAGGAAAA